CGCGUUGCCCUGACAGUGUCUUUUCUUUAUCAUAUUUCCCAUGCCACUUCUGGGGCGGGGUUGAUAUAUCUAGUUUCGCUUCUCCCUCCAUCUCCCCCCUCCCCCUUUUGUUCCAAAUGCGCCGGUGCUGAAUUGCAACGGCGCGCUCGCCAUCGUCACAAACAUGUCCUCAGGACGGUCCGUUCCUCGCCGUCGCACCCGCGCGGAGGAGGAGGAUGAUGAUGAUGAUAGCAAUGAGGCACCCUCUUCUGGCUUGGGCUCUGGAGAUUCAACAACUCGAGCAUCAACCAUGAACAAACGUCCCAGGUUAAGCACCGAUAACAACGACCACAGAGACGAAGACCUUGAAGCCUCUGCUAGUGGAUCGGCCGACAGCUCUGAUGAUGAAGCUUCGUCCUCCGGCUCCGCGACAUUAAAAUCCACCCCGCACAACUCAAACACAGGCAACCGAUCUCAACGACGUAGCCAAGCCGAUGUCCCAAGUAGCGGAGGAUCAGAGGACACUGCCAGCGAAUCUGGGGAUGGUUCAGACGAAUCCGAGACACAAUCCGCCGGCGCGGACGGCGCUGACGGUCCACAAACCAAUGCGCAUGAGUUGCAGCACCCAGACGCGAACGAGAUUACCCCAGAAGGCUACAAACCCGGUGCUAUCGUUCGCAUCAAAGUGACCGACUUUGUCACCUAUACAUCGGCCGAGUUCUUCCCCGGCCCGAAACUGAACAUGGUCAUCGGGCCCAAUGGAACUGGAAAAAGUACACUUGUUUGUGCGAUAUGCUUGGGUUUGGGGUGGGGACCGCAGGUACGAACAGCUUUAUAUGUGAUACCUCUCUCUUCUGUUUCUAAGCAGUUUGUUCCAUUUAUUAGCACCUCGGGCGCGCCAAAGAUCCCGGCGAGUUUGUCAAGCACGGUUGCCGAGAAGCUAUCAUCGAGAUUGAGCUUGCAGGUGGCUCGCGCUAUCGUCGCAACCCCGUGAUUUCCAGAACAAUCAAACGCGAUGGCAACAAAAGCUCUUUCACAAUCAACGGGAAGCAGGCUUCUCGUCAGCAGGUGCUAAAGCUUGCCCAGUCCUUCGCAAUCCAGA